AAUACUUCUGUUAGUCUUAAAGGUGCCACAGGACCCUCUGUUACUUUUCAGUAUGUUACUUUUAACCCAUGCGAAAGGUGUCUGGCAUUUUUAAAAUGCCCCAGUUGCCAUUACAUGGGCACCAACCCAGUAUUUCAUGCCUACACGUGAUGGCUCCCACUGAGUCUGAAAUCCAAGUGUGGAUGGGCCCAAAAAGGGAAGCGAGCGACACUAAAGCCUGGGUGAAAAUCAGGACCUAAGUGCUCCCAUUGAGCGCUGGUGAGGCAGAAUAUAAGUAAAGACCUUUAUGUAACUUUUGGUUUAAAUCCCUGUUAUGACUCCAGGUGUAAAUUCUUGAUAGAAACUCACAAGUUACUCAUACAUUUGCAUAUGUAUUUAUCAUGGCCAGAAUUUUUUUUUUAAACACCACUUAUUGGGAGUGGCUUAUAGUACAGUUUAUAUUCUGUGCUGCAAUUUUACCUUUGCAAAUAGGUCUUUGUCACACACACACAGAUUAGGUUAUGACUGUGCUAAAGCUUCUAGUAAGAAGCUUUCAUUCUCGUGCGAGUUCAAAGCCACCUAAACUCUUGUUCUGUGUUCCAUAGAGUCAGUCAGAAAUUCUCUAAUUCCCCCCGCCAGCUCUAUCAUUCUAAUGUGGUUUUUUUGUUCUCCAAUUUGUCAAGAAACUUGUGUGUGCCAGGAAUAUUCAGCAUUGAUUUUUUUUUUCCCCUGUGAAGACUGCAGGAUUACAGAGUAACCUUUAUUUUUAGGCUCUUGCUUAAUCAUAUAUGGGCAGUUGAUUGACCUGCCUUCCCACCUCCAAAGGCUGCCACUCUUAAUCUCCACCAUAGACUUGCAUCUGAAUGCAAACCAGCUUGCCUUCUCUUUGCAGGAAAGUUGCCCUUAAUUAGUUUUUCAAUGAGUCGUGGUCCGAUUUACUCUCCCCCUCAAGGAGAGCUGCAUUAGUGAGGCGGUGGGUGGAGUUGCUGAGAAGAUACAAUCAACAUCAGCCAAGUAUUGAUUAGCGGAGCCAUUCAUAGACCUAUGAAGAGAGAGUUGGUUUUUGAUGGGCAAGGCUUUCUUUUUGGCAGGCAGGCACCUGCUAACAGAUUGUGCUAUGCUCCCUGGCUGCAGAAUUUUCAAUUUCAGUAAACACUUGGCUUCAGCAAGUUCCUCCUCCUGCCGGGAGAUUCUGCUUGUCUACGCUACCAAGAUUUCGUUGUAAGAAAGGGGCAGCAGGAAGAGUGUUGUGCAAAGCAGUUGACACGGAGAACAACCUGCUACAAUAAAUGUUUCUAGGUGACAGAGAGACACUGAAACGCUGUGGGGGGCAAGAAAAGCGGUUGCGGGAGCCUGCAUGUAAACAAAGAUGGAUUGGCUGUGACAGUGUGCCUUAGGUGGGGAGAUCGGUAUUAUGAAGACUUCCUACAGAGCUGGCCUCCACAGGGAACCACUGAAUUCCACAUCUUCUACAUUCCAUCAAGUCAAACGGGCUUCUGGCAUGCACUUAAAGCCAUACCUCAAAUUACAGAAGAAAGAGCGAUCUCUAGAUAUAACCCAAGAUUCCCUGAGAGGCCUGCAUAUGAACCAUCAAAGGUCAGCACAGGAGGAAAAGUAUACAAACAACUGCACCAAACUGAGCAUUUUACCUACGUCCCCGGUCGUGGCUCCCUCUCGAAAGCCUUUGGGAAUUAUUUAUCGUAAUACUAUGUGCAAUAUGAGUGGGAAAGCUCCAGCAGAAGGCCCAAGUGUUGAGAAGAAGAAGAAUGCCCCGUCUGCGACAAUCCACCAGGGGGAUGAGGGGGAAGGACCGUUAGAUAUCUGGGCCGUCGUGAAACCUGGGAAUACCAAGGAAAAGAUUGCCUUCUUUGCAGCCCAGCAGUGCAACAACAAUAGGAUGGGCUCAAUGAAACUUAAAAGCAGCUGGGAUAUAGAUGGAAGAUCAGCUAAACGAAGGAAGAAAUCCAUGGAUCUUAUAAAAGCAAAGAUUCAGUUAGAAAGGAUGAGAGAGGCAAACAGGAGGUGCGCCCAGCCUGAGCCUUUUGCAUGUGGCAUUGAGCACUGUUCUGUACAUUACGUUAAUGACAAUGGUGAAGGGAUAUUUCCAGGUCGAUCCUUGUCUGUAAUCGAGAUGGUAGCUUUUCUAGAACACAGAGCAAGUGCUUUGCUGGCCGACUGCACCAAAAACUGCACGAACGCUUCUACUACAAGGCUGAGUGGGCAAUCCAAAGGGGCACUUCCUGCUUCAGACCCUUUCUCUGUCCCGGGGGCCUGCGAGGUACAUUCUGAAAAAGGGACCUGUGGGAGCGGUGAGCAGCAGAAUGAGCCUGUGCGUGUGCUGGACAUGGUUGCAAAGCUUGAAUCGGAGUGCUUGAGGCGCCAGAGCGAGCGUGAAGCCGGGGGCCUAUCCAGGAACAACAGCUUCCGGAGAAACAUAGGGCGGAUGUUACUGGCGAAUGGCACGCAGUCGGAGUGUGACGCUGGGAAGGUAGCUUCCAAAGUCCUUGGCCAGGAGGUAAGUUUAAAAGAUCCCGUUGCAGCGGAUGAUGUUGGACAGAGAACAAAGCGUGGCCCUUCGGCUGCUGAUGAAUCAUGGGAAGGAGCUGCGUCUGGUCAGCAGUCCUUGGCGGCAGUAGCAGCUGUGGAUAUCCACAUGGUGAAUGUCAGUGUCAAGCUUGGUCAAGAAAUCUCAGAGAGACCCAGCACCAGAGGUGAUUCUGAAAUGAUUGUGGAACCUCUGGGGUCCAUCCCUUCUACAUGUCCCGUAGCUGUUGGGCUGUCGUCAGAUGCCAUGCGGAGCGGGAGUACGACUGUUGAUUGUUCAGCUAGAGAACCUGUAUCUGUUCCUAAUCUGAGUUCGCAUCCAAUGAGGAGAGAGUCUUUAUGCAUCAGUAUAUCGGUCACCAAGACAGAGAAGGGGUGCAGGAAAGAGCAGCCUUCUAAUUUUAGCUUUGGUGAAGAUCCACUUCCAGGGAGGCUGUUCUUUCUGCCUCCUGGUCACCACACCAAGCAAGAACACACAGGGUUAGGGGAAAGUACGAAAGAAAAGCCAGGAGAAGUGGGCCAAGCUGAGGCUGACAAUAACAGCGUGUGUGAGAUAAAUAGUGUUUCCAUGGAGCCAUUUGCCCUGUCACUAUCUCCCAUGGAAAGGGCUGCGCAGGUACUUGACACUUCUUGUUUGAGACGGCAGGUGUCUCAUGACUUUUUGGAGACUAGGUUUAAAAUUCAGCAGCUUUUGGAGCCUCAGCAGUAUAUGGCCUUCCUGCCCCACCACAUCAUGGUUAAGAUCUUCAGAUUGCUCCCCACGAAGAGUCUAGUUGCUCUUAAAUGUACUUGUUGUUACUUCAAAUUUAUCAUUGAAUACUACAACAUAAGGCCAGCUGAUUCCCGCUGGGUCCGUGAUCCACGUUACAAAGAAGAUCCUUGCAAGCAGUGCAAGAAGAAGUAUGUGAAAGGGGAUGUCUCACUGUGCCGGUGGCAUCCCAAACCCUACUGUCAAGCUUUACCAUAUGGCCCGGGGUAUUGGAUGUGCUGUCACAAGUCUCAGAAAGGCAUCCCUGGGUGUAAAUUAGGUCUUCAUGACAAUCGUUGGGUUCCUGCCUGCCACAGCUUUAACCGCACUCUUCACAAGAAAGCCAGAGGAGGAGGAGCAGAUGCGGAAGAGGAAUAUUAGUGCACAUACACUUUCUCUUGGGAGGAGGACAUUUUCAUGCUCUGUGCUGUUUACAGUGUAUAUAAUCGUGUUUUCACAGGGCUAUGAAACUGCACAUACUUAAACACAAGAGCCUUUACCUUUUAGAUUACAGACCGCUUUUAGCCCAUCAUUGUAAAUAACACUAUUAAAAACAAAUUGUACAGAUAGAGUCUACAGCUGGCUGAACAACUUAAUCACUACAAUGCAGCUAUGAUAGUGUUGCGGCUAUAGUUGUGUGUGUUUUUAAGUGUCUUGUUUCAAAAUCUGUAUAUCCUGUAUAAUAUAUGAAAGUUUCUGAGAAGAAACUCUAAAUAGGUAAAGGUUAAUUUGUUUAAAGGAUCUUCAAAUGAUUUAACUGGACAACCUUAACGUUAGACUAGAACAGAUAUUUGUUAUAGUAGUGUAGCAGUGAACAAAAGAGAGGAAUAUUAUUGUAUAGGCAGAGUAUAAAAAGGUUCUUGUCUCCAUUGCCCAUGUUGUCUGGUUGUUAUUUUUUUUUACUUUAAUAAAAUGUGCAUUCUAGAUCUGCCUAAUCCGACUUUCUCUUCUUGUACAAUCUGCCCUGAAAUAAAGUGAUGGAAAACUUCA